GUUUCUAUGGUUAAAAAAGAAAAAUAAACAGUACUGGCCUUGCAUCCUUGCAUUGUAUUGAAAGGCGAAGUUCUCAUGUGUUGUGGUUAACUUAAGCAAUUUUAAUUUUACGAAAAUGGACAAGCUAACAUUAAUUUCAGGGACUUUGUUUUUAGCUGCCGAUGUUUUUGCAAUUGUUAGUUUAUCUUUGCCAGACUGGAUUAUUACCGAUGUCGGAGGUGACACGAGGCUGGGGUUGAUGUGGACGUGCAUGACCCUGUACAAUCGUCCGCAGGUCUGCUUCACGCCUAACCUCCAGCCAGAGUGGCUACUUGCUUUAGUGUGCAUAUUUGUUGGUUGCAUCUGCAUUACGACGACUAUAAUACUUCUGGGCUCAUCACAUUGGGACCGCAAUGUUAUACCUUAUGCCCGUUGGGUUGGAUUUACUGCCAUGGUGUUGUUCUGCCUGGCGGCCGUUAUCUUCCCCAUGGGUUUCCACGUGGAUGAGAUAGGUGGACAGCCGUACCAACUGCCCAACAGCCAUCAAGUUGGCGUAUCGUACAUUCUGUUCGUACUGGCCCUGUGGAUCACCGUCAUUUCAGAACUGUUUGCAGGGAAAGUGUGUCUCCCACAUUUCUGAAUGUGUGUUUGUGUGUUACACACUUAUGGUGUUUUCUUCUAACAGUAUUAAAUUGUGGUGGUUCUUUCCUGAACGACAGGGUUUUGAGAUUGUAUGGUAACCAACAUGUAAGAGAUUUACAGUCUGUGUAGCAAUGGUGAUUACGUUAGUAUUAAAAAUCUUUUAUAUUUUU